AUGUCAAACUUGAGGAGGGUGUUGGAGAGGCAACAUAAAGAAGAGGAAGAAAUCCGGUGCAGACGUGCUGAUGAAGAUCGGGAGGCCGAUGAAGAAAUGGAAGAAAUGCUUGCAGCAACGGUGUGUAUGUUUAAUCAAUCAAGGCAACACUGCCGUCAUCGUGCCCCGAAUGUGGACAUACGUAGGGAGUCUCAGGGUAAGAAUCUCUUGGAAGAAUACUUUAUCCCAAAUUCGUUAUUUCAUGUUUCUAAGUUUCGAGAGAGAUAUAGAAUGCAGCCACAUUUGUUCCAAAAAAUCAUGCAUGAUAUUUGUAAUUACGACACAUACUUCAUUCAAAAGUACGAUGUUGUUGGAGUUUUGGGUAUUCUCCCGGAGCAAAAACUUACAGCUGCUUUGCGGAUGCUUGGUUAUGGGGCAUCUGCAAAGGAGUACCUUCGCAAACCCACACCGAGGGACCUGCAAAGGCUUCUACAAAAAGCUGAGGCUCGAGAUUUCUCAGGAAUGAUUGGAAGCAUUGAUUGCAUGCACUGGCAGUGGAAGAAUUGUCCUACUGCUUGA